AUGACAGGGUCCGGCGGCGUCCGGUGGUUGCUGCGCAGCGGGGUAAGCCAGGAGGGAAUUUUGAAUGGAGAUCGGAUCGAGCGUGUGGGGAGGUGUCGGCAGUGGCGCUUGCUGGUCAGAGCUGAGAGCUACUCCUUUCAGGUGCAUGCCUGUAUAAAAACAUCUAGAGCAUGCAUCUGCCUGCAGGGAACGUCCAGUGCCCUCUACUACAGCAGCUCUUUUGCCAUGAUCUCUGCACAGCAGCCACUGUUCAACAAAAUUCAAAGAGGCACGGACUGCCAAACCGAGGAAGAAGAAACAUGUGAAGAGCAAUAUGAUUCUGAAAACUGCCCUAGCAGCUCCACACAUACCUCACCACCAGCAGAAUCCAAUCCAGAUUCACCAGUAAUUCUUAAAAUACUACAGAACUGGACUCCUAGAGUUUCACACUACUUUGAUAAAGAGCACUAUACAUAUGUUGGCCACCAGAUUGUCAUUCAGGAGUCCAUAGAAUACUUUGGAGCUGUGGUAUGGCCAGGGGCACUGGCUUUAUCUCAGUAUCUGGAAUCAAAUCAAGAACAAUUCAACCUCAGAGACAAAAAAGUUUUGGAAAUCGGUGCUGGCACAGGCUUGGUUUCCAUUGUGGCCUGCAUGUUAGGAGCAUAUGUUACAGCUACUGAUUUGCCUGAAGUUCUUGAAAAUCUCUCAUAUAAUAUUUCAAGAAACACACAAAACAUGAAUAUGCACAAACCUGAAGUAAGAAAACUGGUAUGGGGAGAAGGACUCAGUGAAGACUUUCCUCUAUCAACUCACCAUUAUGAUUUCUUACUGGCAACUGAUGUUGUAUACCAUCAUGCAGCUUUGGACCCCCUGCUAGCAACAAUGGAGUACUUUUGUAAGCCAGGAACAGUAUUACUGUGGGCAAAUAAAUUCAGAUUCACUACAGACUAUGAAUUUUUGGAAAGACUUUGCAAUAUAUUUAAAACAACCAUUUUAGCAGAAUUUCCAGAAUCUAAUGUCAAGCUGCUUAAAGCUACAGUAAGAGAGAAUUAAAGAGGAAGCUAUUAUUAAUUUUGAUUUAGUGGCAGCAUCUUGCAGUUUGGAAUGUUUUGCAGCAUUACAGUGCACCUUCUGUGUAUUUAUGUUUGUAAAGCUGCAGCUGUAUCUGAGUUUCGCAUUACAUGUUAUGAAAAAAAGGGCAAGAUAAAUACAUAGCAAAUUGUCUCCUGUUGAUAGAUAUGACCUGUUCAAGCAGACCAAUGUCACUUCACUGAAGGAACCACGUUAGCAACAUCUGUUAGUAAAAAAAAAGCUCUAA